GGCCGCAGCUCGGGGGCGAGGGCUCGCGCCGCGGCUCGCGCGCUCUCCUCCCGCUUUACGGCUGCUGAAAACCCGGCCCGCGCCCGGCAGCCGUACCGCAGACGAGCCCGCGCCCGCGCCCGCGCCGCUCAGAUCUCCCAGCUGGACAUUGGAAAUAACUUUUGAUGGUUUAGGUCUUCACUCAUUUGACCCCAGAUCCAUUCUCCUCUCCGCAUGCUCUGUAUCCUAAGAGACUGAGCUUAAGGAACUGCAUCAUCUGCUCACUAGCCUUCUCGCUCUGCUGGGUUCAGCCAGUGGAAAAGGGAAGCAAGAAUUUGGGGAAAUGCUGUCUAGUUACUACCUUCCACAAAGAUUGGUGGUGAUUUUCCUUUUUCUACUCACACACUAUCAUGGAAAGUGUUAUCUGGCCACAUGUGAGGCUCAGAGCUGGGGGAUAUACAUGUUAUAACAAAUCCUUGAUUAACAGAGGCCCAUACUGAGCUGCAGUCUGCUCUCCUGUGUCCCUGCUGAGAAUUAUUGUGCAAAGGAAAUGAGCUUUGACUGUUGGGGACCUGGAUGAAGAGCUCUGGGUUCAACUUGUUCGAGUCCAGUAGCCUACAAAGACCGUCUGGUUGCACAAGGAUCAUUCAAUUGAAGUAAAAAGAUGGCCUAUCAGAAGGUGAAUGCAGAUCAAAGAGCACCAGGGCAUUCACAGUACUUAGACAAUGAUGACCUUCAAGCCACUGCCCUAGACUUAGAAUGGGACAUGGAAAAGGAACUGGAGGAGCCUGGUUUUGACCAGUUCCAACUAGAUAGUGCUGAGAAUCAGAACCUGGAGAAUCCAGAGACUGCAGAUCUCAAUCUUGAUUCCAUUCAACCAGCAACUUCACCCAAAGGAAGGUUUCAGAGACUUCAAGAAGAGUCUGACUAUGUUACCCGUUACACAAGAUCUGCACCAAAGAGCAACUCCUGCAACUUCUGCCGCCUUUUAAAAGUACUUUGCACAGCCAUCAUUUUAUUUAUUUUGGGGAUUUUGAUAGGCUAUUAUGCACAUAAAAAAUGUCCUUCAAAUGCUACAUCUUCAGCAACGCUUGAUCUUCAGUUAUACCAAGAGAUUCUCGAGACAAUCCAAGCAGAAGAUAUUAAAAAGUCUUUCAGAAAUUUGGUACAACUGUAUAAAAGUGAAGAUGACACAGAAAUUUCAAAGAAGAUUAAAACCCACUGGACUUCUUUGGGCCUAGAAGAUGUACAGUUUGCAAAUUACUCUGUGCUGCUUAAUCUGGCAGGCCCUUCUGCCAGCUCCGUGACUCUGCGCAGCAGCAGCCAAUGCUUUCAUCCUAAUGGCCAGCCCUGCAGUGAAGAAGCCAGAACCCAUAGCAGCCAAGAUCUGCUCUACUCAUAUGCAGCCUACUCUGCCAAAGGAACUCUCGAGGCUGAAGUCAUUGAUGUGAGUUAUGGAAAUGCAGAUGAUUUAAAAAGGAUUCAAAAAAUGAAAAAUACAACGAAUAAGAUUGCACUCCUGAAAUUAGGAAAAUUGCCAUUACUUUAUAAGCUUUCCUUAUUAGAAAAGGCUGGAUUUGGUGGUGUUCUUCUAUAUAUUGACCCAUGUGAUUUACCAAAGACUGCAAAUCUUAGCCAUGAUACCUUCAUGGUGUCACUGAACCCAGGAGGGGACCCUUCAACGCCUGGUUAUCCAAGUGUGGAUGGAAGCUUUAGACAGAACCGAUCAAACCUCACGUCUCUGCUGGUUCAGCCCAUCUCGGCGUCUCUCGUUGAGAAACUGAUAUCUUCUCCAAACAGCAGAACCCAAACUGGUGUCUGUAGCCCUCUAGAACUUCCAAAUAAUGAUGAAAGAAUUGUCAACAUGCAAGUUCAGACAGUUACAGAAUUCAAAACAGUGACUAAUGUUGUUGGAUAUUUAAAGGGCUUGACAUCUCCAGACCGGUAUAUCAUAGUUGGCAGCCACCAUCAAAGUGCAUACGGUUCUUAUGGACAAGAAUGGGCCAGCAGCACUGCUGUAAUCACUGCUUUUAUCCGGGCCUUGAUGUUAAAAGUUAAGAAAGGGUGGAGACCAGACCGCACGAUUGUUUUCUGUUCAUGGGGAGGAACAGCUUUUGGCAAUAUUGGCUCAUAUGAAUGGGGAGAGGAUUUCAGGAAAGUUCUACAGAGAAAUGUCGUGGCUUAUGUUAGUCUCCAUAGUCCCAUAAGGGGUAACUCAAGUCUACAUUCCAUAGCCUCACCAUCUCUUCGGCAACUGGUAAUAGAGAAAAAUCAUUUCAACUGUUCCAGAAGAGCUAACUGCCAAGAAACUAACGUCAGUUCCGUACAGAUACAAGGUGAUGCUGAUUAUUUCAUCAACCAUCUUGGAGUUCCCACCGUGCAGUUUGCCUUUGAGGACAUCAAAGCAUUAGAGGGUCCAAGUUUUCUCUCUGAGGCCCUUUUCCCUAAACGUGCAAGAAAAAUUGAAGAAAUGGAUCCUUUUUUCAACCUUCAUGAAGCCAUUACCAAGCUCUCAGGAGAAGUGAUUUUGCAAAUUGCCAAUGAACCAGUUCUGCCCUUUAAUGCUCUCGAUGUAGCUUUAGAAGUUCAAAACAGCCUUAAAGGUGAUCAACCCAACACUCAACUGCUAGCUCUGGCCUCACGCCUGCGGGAGAGUGCUGAACUCUUCCAGUCAGAUGAGAUGCGUCCUGCUAAUGAUCCCAAGGAAAGAAUUCCCAUCCGUGUCCGAAUGCUGAAUGACAUUCUCCAAGACAUGGAGAAAAACUUCCUGGUACAGCAAGUGCCACCAGGUUUUUAUAGAAAUAUCCUGUACCACCUUGAUGAGAAGACAAGCCAGUUUUCAAUCCUCCUGGAGGCACAGGAGCGCUGCCAUUUACUGGCCUCAAAUGAGAGCCUUCAAGAAGCCCUGUCCGAGGUGCUGAACAGCAUUAAUUCGGCUCAGGUUUACUUCAAAGCAGGACUUGAUGUGUUCGAGGAUGUCUUGGCUGGAAAGAACUGAGUAAACUCUCAGCAUUUUAAAAAGUUUGUUUACAAUUCCUCAAGCAAAAGCUCUAAUCUAACCGGAUUUUCUGACAUUGAAGACUUUCCCCCCAGUGACUUUUUAUACAAGUCUAAAGCUAUUAUGACAUCGUGUUUUUAAAUGUACAUAUAAAAGAGCAUUUUGCACAUUUAAUAUUUUCUUAUAUCGACAUCUCUGAAUAUGUCAAAGCAAGUUAUUGAAAUAAUCCUUAAGAUUUAUCUAUUAAAAAGAAAUCUGCUGUAUUUUUGUAUAUAUAAAAUAUGUGGGGGGAAAGUUCUAAGAUGUUCUGGACAAUCUUCACUCCUAGGGAUAAAACAUAUAGGAAUGGAAGUUAAAACAUAUAGGAAUGGAAGCUAUUAAUGACCUAGUUUCUGAAUAGAAAUGGAGAGUUGAUAUGAUUUCAGAUUAACUUCACCUAGUAAGUAUUCAAUAUGAAGAAUUCAAGUAUUCCGACUGACUGAUUGGUCGACCAAAACCACUUUGAAUGUUUCUAUUUUAUGAAAUGAAGUGCCUGUUCGUAAUACAACUAGAUGUAGUAAUACACUGGUUAUGAAAUUGUAUUUUUUAAGUAUUAAUGAAAAAAAAAGAGCCAUAAACAUUCCAGGGGAAAAUCUCAAAGUAGUUGCACAGAGCAAUUUAAAUGCAAAUUUUUUCCUAACAACUUAUAAGGUGACUAGCUUUGAAACCCCUAAUUUGCUUCACUUGAUUUUGUACAAAUUUCAGGAGUGAUAUAUGUCUUAUGAGGGAGAAAAUAUUUCUGAUUUCUUCUGUUGGUUCUGUUGGAAGCACUGAAACCCAGCUACUCUAAAAUGAAAGCAUUCUGCAUCGCUAUUCCUUCUUGUAUUUUUUUUUUCUGAACCUCCUUCCUGUAAGGCGGUUUUAACAGAAAACCAUGUAAUUUCCACAGGAAAGUAGCAAAGUUUCUCUUUGAAAACCCAAACUAUCUUGAAAAGCAUCAAAUUGCUAUUUCUGCCACUGACAAAAAGGACUUACAAUGAAAGAAAUAGUUGUUUGAUCAAUGGAAAACUUCUUAAUUCUGUGAAGAGGCUUUUGAUAUUUUUCCUUCUUUAUCCUUCAUUGUGACUAAGAUGAAAGUGUAGCAAAUAUUCAUGCUUCUAAUUUUAUGCAGGAAAUACAGUGUUACUACAAGAGUGUGUCUUUCCCACACUUCAGUUUUCUCCUGUGGAAAAUGAAGUUUUUCAUACUGACAUUGUCAUGAAAUGGCCCCAGCAUCCACUGUUUCCUCAAAAGCCCAACAUUCUGUCUGUUCAGUGACAGUUUGAACUUUGAGCUUUAUCCUUAGAAAUGUUCUUUUGCUAUUGAAUAAAGCAAUUCCCCUUAGGAAAUGUACCCUCAGUAUAUUUUAUGUGAAUUGUCUCCACCUAACACAACACCCAGACACACUUCCCUUUGUAGAUACUCCACCAGAGCAACAUUACAGCCAAUGCUUGUAUGUCAAAGUCUCCAGUUUUUAUGGAUAAGUGUAAACCUACUCUUGGUUUAAAGAAAAGCUACAGCUGAGGGGAAAGAAUUAAUCAGUAUUGAUUAAUUGAUUUAUAAGGGUCAGCUGUUCCUAUCAUACAUAAUGCUGAUAUGCUCAAGGCAAAGAGGAGAGUUGAUGCAAUUAGCUGGAUAAUUCAAGCAGAAAUCCAUUUUCCUAUGAAUUGCCUGUGUGCGCAUAUUUCUAAGUGACAAAUGAAACUACCUUACACCUUUUUUUUGAAACCAGUGUGCUUGUUUGAAAAUAUCUCCUAUGUUGAAGUAUCUACAAGGAAAAGCUAAGAGGAUCAGCUUCUUGCGUGCCUCAGUGUCAGUGUCCUGAUUUCUCUUCCACAGAAAUCAAUAGCAGAACAGAGGGGAAAGACACACACAAACACUGUUCAGGGCCAAAUAAGAGAAUGCUUUCUACCGAAGGAUCCUCCAUAUUUAAUCAAGCUUUCAUGUGUUCCUUCUAGUUCUUUGUUAUAGUUGAAGUUAAUGUAAACCAAAAGACAUUUUGAAGAUGGAGCUGAAUUUAAGGCAAGCAAAAGAAAAUAAUCAUUAGUUUGGUAGUUUAUUAUUUGAAAGCAAAAUCCUAAGGAAACUCACUCCCUUAAUUGGUAAGACUGUCGAGAGCACAAAAUACAUGUUUGUACGUUUUGUCUAAAGAUUAUAUACCUACGUAAACCACAUUGCAUAGAUAAAAAUCUCAAUAUUAUGUAUUCUCCCUUCUAGAUUAUAUAUUUGCUAUUUGAAAAAAAAAAGCUAAAAUUAACUAUGUACUAGUGUGUUUUUAUUAGUCUAUUUAAGAGAUUAUGUGAAGAAAGUAAAUUAUAAUUAAAACGGAUGUCCACUAAUUCUAUAGAUGCUGCUUUAGAUCUUCGACUACAACAAACCUCUUAACUAGAACAUCACUGCUAUGGUGUUCCUCUAAAUUUAUAUCAUUUUAAUUUUUUUCCUUAACAAAUCCAAGUAAAUAAAAUCCUAUGCAAAUUAAUUACAAGUGUUUUUGGUGAAUUGAUAGUAGGUUCAAACUGUUGCGGAGAUAUCUGGGUGGCUGGUAUUUCUCGCAAUCCUUCGCUUAUAGAAUGGUGCCAGGGCACAAUGAGUCACAAAUGGUUACUCUCCCAAGAAAAUAUGGCAUACAUUCACCACUUAAAUUUGGGUUCAAGAAAGGUAUGCUUGAGCUAAUGCCCUUUUUGGAAAAGCGGAAGGUGCAUGAAAAGAAAGCCUGAGACAUUCUGUCUAAGCACUAGGGAAUUACCUUUAGCCAGGGAGCAAUGUCACUCUCAUCAGAGGCAGUGCGUGAAGCCAGUGAUUAGCAACAUAAUAUAGUCCAUGGGUUAGUUAGUAGCAAAAACACUAAACUAAAAAACACUGGAAUUUAAGUUUCUCUGCUUUUUCACGCAAUAUGUCUAGUUCUCUUCCCUGAGGUGCGAGAGCUACAAAUGUGUUUUGUUUUUUUGUUUUGUUUUGUUUUGUUUUUCCAGUGUGUUCUAUGUAACUAGCAAUUUAACCAGAGGCUAUAUGGGAUGGAAUCACUGCUUUUAAUUAACGGUUCAUUCACUCUAUGACUGUAGACGGAACUGUCUAUAGUUCCCUGUCCCCACAGGGAACCCAGGAAAAGGACACCAAGACUGGGUACUUGGGAGAAAUGGAGAGAGUCUCUACAUGACACCAGGAAGGAGAACAUUGAGUAAAAUGCUUCUCAGAGAGGAUGUUUUAGCUUUGUAUUAAAUUAGCAGUCUAAAUCAGUAUUUCCCAAAAUAUGGAUUUGGAGGAGUAAGGCCGAGGAAUGCUCAUCUUUAGCAAGAUUACUCAGAUAAUAUUCAAGUACACUGAAUUUUAAGUUUAAGAACCUCUAAUCUACACUGAUCCUGGGUCUUGAGAAACAUUACUUGGUAAUAUAUGUAAAUAAAGAGUCACGAUAACAGGAAGGACCCAAAACUUUGCUGUUAAUGGCAACAUUAGAAGAGACAGAGAGAAACCAUUGCAUCUCUCAAAAAAAAAAAAAAAAAAAAAAAAGAUGCAGACACAGCUAACAUCUGUGCCUACUACAUGUCAGGCAGUAUUAUAGACUUUCUCACAUAUUUGUUUCUUCUAACUGAACCCCCACAGUAACCCAUUUUAGAAAUGAAGACAUUUGGUUGAGCGACUUGUCCAAAAUUCCACAGCUAAUAAAAAUGGCUGAGGUGUCUCCAUGCUGGGUUCUCUGGUAUUCAGUCCCGUGUUCCUCACACUGAGUGCUGCAGAAAACAUCAGAAGAAUUUUUUGGUUAUAGAACGUGAUGUAACUGAAAAUUUUAGUGUAUUUCUGCACAACUGAUCAGACUGUGUAGCCUGCCAUUUUACUAGUUUAAUUAAAGAGUUUGGAGAAACAAAUUACAUCAUUCCCUAUGAUGUUGGCCCACCCUAGCAAUGGUGGGCGUGUGUAGCUAAAUUAGAAGCUAUCUAUAAAAGCAUUAAAAAUAAGUGUACCAUUGUAAAAUAUCAUGGUAACUAGAUGAAACAACAUAAAAAGAGACGAGGAGCCACAUAUUUCACAAUUUCCUCCUCAAAAUGCCUGUAUAAUUUUGCUGAAAAAGAAGAAAAGCAGGUGCUGUGAUUUACAACCACAGUUUUAUACCAUCCUUAAAGAUUCAGAAAAACUGGGGCACCUGGGUGGCUCAGUGGGUUAAGCUGCUGCCUUCGGCUCAGGUCAUGAUCUCGGGGUCCUGGGAUCGAGUCCCGCAUUGGGCUCUCUGCUCAGCGGGGAGCCUGCUUCCUCCUCUCUCUCUGCCUGCCUCUCUGCCUACUUGUGAUCUCUCUCUGUCAAAUAAAUAAAUAAAAUCUUAAUACAAAAACACCUGUAAAAGAUUCAGAAAAACUAAUUGACUUUUUAAAAUACACACACACACACACACACACACACACACACACACACGGCAUACAGUAGAUUUCCCCACUGAAAAAAUAGGUGCAUGAAAAUAAAAUAAACAAUGAUCUGUUACCAUCUGCCUAAUAAUAAAUCAGCAACUUUGCCUCCAAUGAAAAACUAUAAUUAUUUGCACAAUAAAUUAGUAGACCUAGCCAAAAAUGUUCUCAAGAGACAUUCUGUGGAAUGUGUAAUUAAUUACUCCAAAAAUUAAGCUUUCUCUGAGGGUAGCAUAUUGUCAUCUCAUUGGUUUAAUAGGCUACUAUUAGCCACACAUUCUCCUAGUAGAAAAGAAUUAUUUUAAACUGCCAAUCCACGUGUUGAGUGGAAGGGAAAUGGAUCCACAUAUUCCAAUAAAUAUAUCAGCAACAUAACUGUUCCAUCACAAGAUCAUGAAUGUAACCCAAGGGAAAGCUAAACAAACAAUGUGCUAUUUGAGAAAAGAAAUACUCUGCCUAGUUUCUAGUGAAUUGGUAUUUCUUGCAUAAAUUUAAAUUGUGGGCUUAAAACAGCCUCAGAAUCUGCUAUUCUGAAAGAUGUUUAAAACCACUUAUAAAUACUUUUCAGUUAAGUGAGUUUUAUGCAAUUCAGAAUUACAUGUGGGGGCGCCUGGGUGGCUCAGUCAGUUAAAGCCUCUGCCUUCUGCACGGGUCCUGGAUCAAGUCCCGCAUCGGGCUCUCUGCUCAGCAGGGAGCCUGCUUUCCUCCCUCUCUCUCUCUGCCUACCUCUCUGCCUACUUGUGAUCUCUGUGUGUCAAACAAAUAAAUAAAAUCUUUAAAAAAAAAAAAGAAUUACAGGUGACAAGAACUUGAAAGGACAGUUGGAAAAGAAAUCUUUAAAAUGUAGCCUUUUCUGGUCAUCACAUUAUUCACCCAAUUUCCUGUUUUCUCUUUCUAGAUAUACUCUAGCAAUGGGAUUAGAGUAUUUAGGAUCUAUUCAUCUCAAUAUAUAUUUAUCUGUUAAUCAGCCAGAACUUUAUUUCCAUAGUUUCAGGGUAUACAUUUCCAUUCUAUUUUGAACGUAUACACUGACGUGACUUUAGCAUACUUGGGAGUGCUAAGAAGCUUGAGACCUUGCUUAUUAUGAGAUGACAUUUUUUGUAAAGACAUUUAUAAUCUCAUAUUCAGAUUGUAUCUAAAUUUACAAAGCAAGGGAUUAAACUGAGGAACUUUUAGGUAGCAUUCAAGAAAAAGGAGCUACUUCAAAUUUUAAUAUGCUUCUGGUUAGAUUACUCCAUGUUUGGAUUACAUAGUUAUAUAAUUUUCUGUAACCAAAAUGGUAAUUUUGAGGUUUUCAGCCAAAACCCAAUCACUGAAGCCAAGGAAAUGCAUAGCUACUCUAAUUUCUUAAGCAGGAUGCUGUCAAGAAUUAAUUCAGGAACAGUUAAUCCAGUGCUCACAUCUAGACAAUGUUUUAAUGAGUAUAGACAGAGCCUAACAGUAUUGCCUCUACUUCCUUUGAUGUAAGCCAAUAACCACUGAGGUAGCUUUUCUCAGAAGGAAACAUUUUAUUUCCCAGGGGCUAAUUAAUAUGCACCACCUCAGUCCCCAGAGAACUACACAGGUGUCUGUACUAUGCCAUAUGUUAUGUGCUAUAUUCCAGCAAGCUCAAGAGAUUAAUAUACAAUCAUUAUUAUGAAUUAUUAUGUUGCAUUGAAGUUAAUGUCGGACUUUUGUUCUAAUUAAAGUACAAACUUGGCAUCUGAAUAGAAUCUUAGCUAGAGAAGUGAAGUUAGAGUCUCUGUUUUAAUGAACUACAUAUAUUUUUCAAUCAAAAUGUGUAAUUAUUUAAUUAUCUGGUCUGCUCAGUAAGUAUAUAAUUCUUUCUUUAAAGAAUCUUAGUCAGUAUGUUAUUAUGCAGAUGAACAUUCUCAGAGUGUUUCAUCUUUUGAAAUUCUUAGCCAUUGUCAAGUCAUGCUUUCAUUAUAUUUGCGGUACUGUUUUAUUCCUAUUAAUAAUUAUUAUUUCUGGGGCGCCUGGGUGGCUCAGUGGGUUAAUCCCAUUGCCUCUGCCUUCGGCUCGGGUCAUGAUCCCAGGGUCCUGGGAUCGAGCCCCGCAUCGGGCUCUCUGCUCCGUGGAGAGCCUGCUUCCUCCUGUCUCUCUGCCUGCCUCUCUGCCUACUUGUCAUCUCUGUCUAUCAAAUAAAUAAAUAAAACCUUAAAAAAAAAAAAAGAAUAAUUAUUAUUUCUUUAUCUUUACAUCAGGCUGCUGCACAUGGACUACCUUACUCUGAAAGUCAGGAAAAUAAUGUGAUUACAAAGGCAGUUUUAUCAUACCUGUUUAAUAAGAAAACACACAAACAAGCAAACAAAAUAUUUUACCAUACCAUUGCAAAUUGUCUGUAGGAAGCAAAAUAUCCAGUUGGUUAAGUGUAGCUCAUUUAAUUAUAUUCCAAAGAGGUUAUAAAUAAUUCCAUUUAGAAGUUGAGAUAAGACUCUAUUAGGUAAUUUAGUGUUUACAUUUCACACAGAAAGGUUUAGUGGCAAAUAUAUCACACACAUUUUAACUUGUUACUUGAAGAAUAUGGGUAGACUAUAUUCAGAAAAGAAAAAAAAAAGACUUCUAGGACACUUUGAAGGGCUAGUUUGUUUUUGCAGACCUCUAGAAAAAUCAGCACAUUAUUUUGAUAAUUGUUUCCUAUAUGUGUUUAAAAUGUUAAUAUAUGCCAUACAUUUUUAAUCAUGCCUUCAGUGUAGCAAAAUUUAGAUAUGUAAAAUACUAUCAUAAAUAAAAUGUCUCAAUUGCAAAAAAUUGUAAAAAAACAGUAAAGUAAUACGGACUUUAAGAACAGUGAAGAGCAGGGUAAGAUUUAGAAAUUAACUUGGGAUAAAGUUGGAGGACAAUCUCUUCAAUUAAAUUUGCUUGGAUUAAAAACAAGUAUCUCUCAAGGGGUAUCUCAAUUACUAAAUUGCACUAAACUAUUAUAGUACUGAAUAUUGUUCAAAAUAAUUUGAUUGUCAUGUGUGAUUCAGAAAUCUUCAUACAGAAAUUUCAUUGUCAUUGUCUUUGCUGUGACUGAUUUUUAUUGAUGUUGAUUUUGAUGACAAUGUCUGUGAUUUUUAAAAAUUACUAUAUAGGUUGAAAUUUCUAAUUUCUAUGAUGUGUGGAUGCCCAUCAGGAACUUAGUGCUUUCUAUAUUUA